CGGGGCGUAUUAAACCAUACUUUCCACACUUAUCAGCAUAGCUUCGCCUUGAGUCCGCAUUUCUUUCUCUCUUUUUUUGCUUUGAAGAACGGUCACCUCGUGAUGAUGUGAGCACACCCCGCCUCUUCCCAGCUGAUGCUCGCGCCCUGCUGUCAAUUUCCAUUCUGAGAAGAGUAGUUGAGGAAGGGGGGAAACCGAAAACAAGAGAGGGUCUGCGGGGGUAGCGCAGCAAAUUAUCCAUGGGUGGUUGUGUGGGCAGUCAUCAUGAUUCUUCAGGCAGUUUAAACGAAAAUUCAGACGGCACUGGAGUGGCUCUGGGGCGUAACCAGCCCCUGAAGAGAGAGAAGCCCAAAUGGAAGAGCGACUAUCCGAUGACGGACGGGCAGCUGCGCAGCAAGCGCGAUGAGUUCUGGGACACGGCGCCGGCCUUCGAGGGCCGCAAGGAGAUCUGGGAUGCGCUCAAGGCGGCCGCCCAGGCCUUUGAGGGCAACGACCACGAGCUGGCCCAGGCCAUCAUCGACGGGGCCAGCAUCACCCUGCCGCACGGUGCUCUGACGGAGUGCUACGACGAGCUGGGCAACCGCUACCAGCUGCCGGUCUACUGCCUGUGCCCGCCGGUCAACAUGAUCGAGGAGAAGAGCGGCGGCUGCGGCGGGGCCGGCGAGGAGGAGCUGGAGCCGCUGGACUCCUCGUCGUCGGGGGGCGCCGGCGACGCCCUGCCGCCGGCCAGUGAGGGCCAGGAGUGCCAGCUGCGGCUGCGCCUCUCCACGGGCCGCGACCUGCGGCUCAGCGUGCGCACCACGGACACCGUGCAGCAGAUGAAGCGCCGCCUGCAGGCCACGGAGGGCGUGGCGGCCGGCACGCAGCGCUGGUUCUUCUCGGGCCGCCCGCUCACCGACAAGAUGAAGCUGGACGAGCUGAAGAUCUCGCGCGACUACGUGGUGCAGGUGAUCGUCAGCCAGCCACCGCAGCAGAUACAGCAGCAGAGUCAGCCGUCGCCACAGCCCUCCCCCAAAACCCAGCCACAGCAGCCAGCAACCCCCACCACACAGCCACUGCCUCCACAGACCCCCACGCCCGUGGAGAACUAGAGGGUUGGUUGGAGGAGGAGGACCUGGGACUAUAAGGCUGUGGUUGGGACUAGGAGUGGGGUGAGAGGGGUUGAGGGUUGGAGGGGGCAAGUAUUCACAACAGCCCUGCCUUGUGUAGGUGGGAGUUGUUGUGACCGAAGGUUCAGUGCUGAAGCCGUCUUAAGAGGACGUUGAGAGCUGAAGCUGUCUUUGGAGGACGUUGAGUGCUGAAUCUGUCUUUGGAGCACGUUCUUACCGAUGAAUUUCGCCGUCUUUUGGCUGAAUGGUGUGUGUCCCAUUAGGGUCUUUGCUGGGAGAUGGGGUGCAAGACUUGUACUUAGCCCGUAUAUCUUGGCAUGUGAGGGAGGUAGUGCCCAGCAGUACAGUAGAAGCUCAACAUGUGAGGUGCACACAGAGCGGACAACCUCAGCCAGAACAACUUGACUCUCAAAUUUUGGGAAGGUGGGGGUUGGGAGUUCUUCCCUCCCCAUUCUCCUCCUCCUCUUCUGAAAUGUGAGGAGUCUUCCUGACGGAAUGCUGGAUGCCCCUGCUCUCUCUCUUCUCUUCUCUUUUCUCUCUCUCUCUCUCUCCAUCUCUCUCUCACUCUUUCCUCCACCCUUACUCUUGUGGCGAUGAGGUCAUGCUGGAACUUCAAACUAGUGGACCAGUUGGGACGUGCCUGUCUCUCUGUCUGUCUCUCUCUUUCUCUGUCUCUCACUCUAUCCCUCUCUGUUAUCAUCUCUCUCUCUCUCUCUCUCUCUCUCUCUCUCUCUCUCUCUCUCUCUCUCUCUCUCUCUCUCUCUCUCUCUCUUUCUCUCUCUCUCUCUCUCCUGCCCCCUCCUAGAUAAACUCGCCGCACUGCACAUUACAAAGAGCAGGCACAUAAGACUUUGACUAUGAUAAACCUCGGCCUGAGUUUGUACGUAAAGAAAAAAAAGGAGGAAAAGACAUUUUUCAUUUCAAUUUCUUUGUUUUUCAGCUGUUUUUCUCAUUCGUUUUACGGUUUUAAUGGAAACUGAACAACCAAAAAAAAAGACAAAAAAUAUGAAAUGGAAUUGAGCCAGGGAAUUUAAAACAUGAACAAAAUAUUAAAUCUUUUAGAGGGGGGGAGGAGAAACCUGCCUUUUUCUCGAAUUAGUAUCGCUCAGUCUCCGGUCAAGUCAUUUCUAAUAGGUCAGUUCACUUCUCGUUCUAUGUACUUACAUUGCACUCUGUCUGCAAUCUUGAAAACAUUUGAUAAAGUGGGUAUUUUUGACCGGUCGACUAGAUCUUUUAAAAGGGAAAGCCUUUUUUUAUUUGUAAUCAACCACCUGUCUGACUUUUUUGCCCACAACUUGUGUAUUUUUAGUAGGGGAAAUACUAGUAAAAUUGUGAUGCAUUGCAUUCUAAAUAGUUAAGUACUUCUCCAUUAGCAUCCCUGUGCGCGUGUG